GCUCUGUUUUAAAUGAGCCAAGUGUCUGAACAACUGAAGAAAAAGAAGCAGUUUUUUUUUUCUCCAGGGUGGAAGGAGAGAAGUAUGCGCCACUCCUUUCCUGAUUUUUUCAAACCCACUUCUCCUAAAACCAACUCCUAACUGUCUUACACUUCAUGUCCCAUGUUGAUUCAGUUAGCUCUUUUUCACCUUCUCCUUAAAAGAUUCAAUCUUCUUUCCCCAGCAACAUGUGAACUCUCACUCCCAACUUCAGCUUUCCAUUGAUUCUACUUCUACUUCAACAUGUUUGAUUUCUUGUUUGGUUGGCGAAAAGCUUCUAAAUGCAAGAAGCUGAUCAAGCGAGUUCAGUGCCGACUCAAGCUGCUGAAGAGCAAGAGAUGUUCAAUUGUUAGGCAGAUAAGGGAGGACUUGGCUCAGCUCAUCAAGAGUGGCUAUGAAGAUAUUGCCUUUAAUCGGGCUGAGCAUCUUUUUAGAGAUGAAACCAUAAUGGAAAUUUAUGAAUUACUGGACAAUUUCUGUGAAUUUAUCCUUGUCCACCUAUCAUAUAUCCGCAGGCACAAGGAUUGUCCCAAUGAUAUCAAUGAAGCAGUUUCAAGUCUUAUAUUUGCCUCUGCAAGAUGUGGAGAUCUGCCAGAGCUUCGUUCUAUCCGCAAGCUCUUUGGAGAGCGCUAUGGCCACAGAUUUGAAAUGACUGCUGUUGAACUAUUUCCUGGCAAUCUUGUCAACCUCCAGGUGAAAGAGAAGCUUUCAAUUAAAUCAGUUCCUGACGAUGUGAAGCAAAAAGUAUUGGCUGAGAUUGCUAGAGAUUACUGCCUCAAGCCAGAGAUUUUUUCACUUGAAUACACUUCUGAACUUCUGCAACAGGCAGUAGAUAUAGACUUUAUAACUUAUGAUAAAGAGGGAAAGGCUAUAUAUUCUGAUCCGGCUUCUACUGCCAUGAGUUUCACUAUACCAGUCACUGCUCAUCAGGAUGACAUAAUGAGUACUUCUGUUACUUCUUCUAUAGUUGAGCAAUCUUCAUCAGAUAUAAUGGAGCCUCAGAUGAAUGGCCAUAAAUUCGAAGCUGUAGCUCUCGGUACUAAUGAAAGUCAGGAAACUGGCAGGGAUAACAUUUCCAUCCCAGACCACAAGGAAGACCGAAAGACUACAGCUUCUUCUUCAGAAAGUUUACCUCAACUUCCAGAGGAAAUGAUAAUCUAUCUUGACGAUGUAGAAGAGGUUCAACAAUCUGUUACGAAAGAAGUAAGCUGCCAGGAUCAAAGGAUUUUCAAGUUCAAAUCAUCUGUGGUUCCUACAGAUGGAAUAGCUGAAGAUAGUUGUGAUUUCUCAAGCUCAUGUAGCACAUGCAAGAAAAAAAAGCCUGUCAGGAAAAGAACAAGGAGAAAAUCUUUCUCCCAACAAAAUUCAAGUGUGAAGGACAUUGAGUACUUGAUUUAUUACAACAAGGCAUACACUAGAUCUAGAAGUCCUGGAUCCCAUCAUCACUAUAAGCAUCUCAGGAAGAAUGCAAUACAAAAAAGUGAACAUACAUUUCAUGAAGAGAAGAGGCAGAAACAGCCUCACUCCUGCUGCUGCUUUAAUCUUGAGGCUGAAUGUUGCUGCCAUCCCUAUUACUUUUAUACUGAUGAAGAUGAUCAGGAAUCUCCAUAUCCGAAGCAGAAUGACACGAUUGCCAGUGCAUUUAGCCCUGUAACCAAUUCAGAUUGCCAGGCUGAUAAGCAGAGCAAGGUAAUGAAAGGAAAGGUGGAGGAAUUUGAUGCUCUAGGCAGCCAUUUUGCUUCUAAUAAUUCAUCCCCCAAGGAAAGAAAAGCACCAAAGCCCCCUUAUUUGAGAGCCGUGACAAUGCCCCAAGAGCGGUGUAAGGGCAAUCAAACUGAGAACAUGUCGAGGUCCAGUUCUUUUCCUAUUCAGUCACCUAAUCAUGUCCACCCUAAAUUGCCAAAUUAUGAGGACAUAGCAGCUAAGUUCAUGGCUCUUAAAAAAGAGCAUCUGCAGAAUAGACAACAAUGAAUAGUAGCCUGGAAAAAUUGGCACUGUUAGGAAUUGUAUGAUCGGCAGACUUUGCAGUCUCCAAAAUAGAGUAGACUGAUUCGUUUCUGCAUUAGUAAUGGCUUGAAAUUAUAGAGAUUCUUUCCUUUCUGUGCCUGAAAUGUACAAAGAAAAAGGUGAUUUUGUGGGUCAAUGCCAUGGCUGAUUAGAUCAAAUGCCAUAUAUUAGCUGCAACUAGAAUUAUGAAACACAAAUGCAUCUGUAAUAAUAAAAACAAUCACUCAAGACCUGAAAGCAGCUGAGACAGACACCUAUUCAGACCCAGAAGUGGCCCUGUCUAACCACGACUGGAGUUCCAAGGACAUGAACCGGAAUCAGACAAUUCUCUCUCCCCUUGGGCCAGAGCGAGGUUGGAAUCUGUAUGAUUCAAACUAGGAUUUUUUUUUUUCCGGCCCGUUGGCUAGUCCUACCUACUAGAACCUAACCUUUCUUGGUGUCGAAGAAACGCUAAUUGAGUCUAGCUUUC